GUCUGUCGUGGUCUCUUUGCGUCUUCUCCCCAAACUUUUUGGCACUUUUCAGCAGUUUGGCUCCAGCUACGACACUCACUGGAUCACCAUGUGGGCUGAGAAGGAGCUGCACAUGAUGAAGCUGUUCUUCGACAACCUGCAGCACUACAUCCAGGAAGUCCGGGAACACCGGCACAAGUUUGCACUGUACAGCCACAGCGCGGAGGUCCAGGUCCGUCUGCAGUUCCUCACCUGCGUCUUCUCCACGCUGGGAUCUCCGGACCACUUCAGACUGAGUCUGGAGCAGGUGGACAUCCUGUGGCACUGCCUGGUGGAGGACGCCGAGUGCUACGACGACGCGCUGCACUGGUUCCUCAAUCAGGUCCGCAGCAAAGACCAGCACGCGAUGGGCAUGGAGACCUACAAACAUCUGUUCUUGGAGAAGAUGCCUCAGCUGAAGCCGGAGACGAUCAGCAUGACGGGGCUCAACCUCUUUCAGCACCUCUGUAACCUCGCCCGCCUCGCCACCAGCGCGCUGGACAACGCCUCCAGCUGUGAGCUGUGUGGGAUGGACCAGCUGUGGGGGAUCGCUCUGAGAGCUCAGUCUGCUGAUAUCAGCCGUGCCGCCAUCCAGUACAUCAACUCCUACUACAUCAACGCCGGUAAGACGGGCCUGGAGAAGGAGCAGGAGUUCAUCAGGAAGUGUAUGGAGAGUCUGCUGAUGGCUUCGGCCAACCUGGAGAAGGACGCCCACUCCAGCCUGACCAGCAUCGAGAGAGGGCUGCUCAUGCUCAAAACGCACCUGGAGGCCUUUCGACGCAGGUUUGCGUACCACCUGCGGCAGUGGCAGAUCGAGGGGACGGGAAUCAGCAGCCACCUGAAGGCGCUGAGCGACAAACAGUCUCUGCCGCUCAGGAUCGUCUGUCAGCCCGCCGGCCUGCCCGACAAGGUGACAGAUCUGCACCGACGCUUACGAACACUUACU